AUGAACAACAAUUAUUUCUUCCUCGUUUUGUUAGUUGCAUUUACUUUUCUGGCGACUACAACGGUCACAGCUGUUCCUGCCCCAGAACAGCAAAGCUGCGCAGGCUUCAGCGUUCUUUAUCCAGCUGGCAAUGAAACAUUAAAGUAUGGUAGUCAUCAAAACGUCACUGUCCAACUCGGCGAAUCUAAAAUUUAUGUGAUUGUGGAAGUCGACAUAUACGAUGACGAUCAUAAUUACAGGGAUACAUUAUUCGGAGGAGAAGUACCCGUGGGUAGCAAAACCGAGGUUACCGUACCGUUUAUUUUAGCGGGGGGCACCUUGUCGUCUGGAGAAUAUCAUUACACCGUAUGGGGAUUCAACACUCCUACAUCUCCAUGCCAAACAAGCAGUAAUUCCUUCAUGGUGUCAAAAUAA